GAUUCUAUUGACCGCACUUUAUCAAGCAUUGAACCCCGAAAGCGUGGAAAGACUUGAAAUAAAAUAACCACAAUUUCUUGAGCCUUUUGGAGAACGUUGACAGAAUGAGCACCACAGCGACAGAAAACUCAGGGAAGAGUGGCCAGUACAGAGUGGAUCAUCUCCUGAGUGCCGUGGAGAAUGAAUUGCAGGCUGGCAGCGAAAAGGGCGACCCCACUGAGCGAGAGCUCAAAGUCAGCCUGGACGAAAAUGAACUGUGGCACAAGUUUAAGGAACUCACAAACGAGAUGAUUGUCACCAAGAAUGGAAGGAGAAUGUUUCCCGUUCUGAAGGGGAACGUGUCUGGCCUCGACCCCAACGCCAUGUACUCAUUCCUGCUGGAUUUCGUGGCAGCCGACAAUCACCGGUGGAAGUAUGUGAAUGGGGAGUGGGUUCCAGGAGGUAAGCCUGAACCACAGGCCCCGAGCUGCGUCUACAUUCACCCUGACUCCCCCAACUUCGGAGCCCACUGGAUGAAAGCACCUGUCUCCUUCAGCAAAGUCAAACUCACCAACAAACUCAACGGCGGUGGACAGAUCAUGCUGAACUCUCUUCACAAGUAUGAGCCCAGGAUCCACAUCGUGAGGGUUGGAGGUCCACAGCGUAUGAUUACCAGCCAUUCCUUCCCGGAAACACAGUUUAUCGCAGUGACAGCGUACCAGAACGAAGAGGUCACAGCACUCAAAAUAAAAUACAAUCCAUUUGCAAAAGCCUUCCUUGAUGCCAAAGAAAGGAUUGAUCACAAAGAUGUCCUGGACGAUGUAGGAGACAAUCAGCAGUCAGGAUAUUCACAGUUAGGUGGAUGGUUCAUUCCUGGCACUGGUAGCUUGUGCCCUCCUGCAAACCCUCACCCCCAGUUUGGAGGGCCUUUGACCCUCUCAUCCUCACACGGCUGCGACCGCUACUCAACACUAAGGACCCACCGUUCAGCUCCCUACCCCAGCCCCUACACCCACCGCAACAACUCCCCAACAGGUUACACAGACAACUCCUCCGCCUGCCUCUCCAUGCUGCAGACCCAUGACAACUGGUCCAGUCUGCAGGUCCCCACGCACUCCAGCAUGCUGCCCAUGUCACACAGCACUGGCACAGCCCCCAGCUCUGGCCAGUACCCGAGCUUGUGGUCGGUCAGUAACAGCUCUAUCACCCCAGUUUCCCAGUCUGGGGGCAUGUCGAACGGACUGGGUUCCCAGUUCCUCCGUGGCUCCACGGCGCACUACCCGUCUCUCUCUCACACCGUUCCUACCUCCUCCGGAUCGCCGCUGUACGACAACGGAGCUCCGGCAGACUUGCAUGACACGCAGUACGACACCUCAUCAGCACACGCCAGGCUAGCCACCACAUGGACCCCUGUCACCCCCCCUUCCAUGUAAUAACACGUGAAGCAGGACAGACCAUUGAGAGCCGCCUCAAAACUCCACUUUCAUCUAGUUUAUUCUGUUGUGGCAAAAGGAGCUGGCCAUGCAGGUCCAGUGGUAUUUGCCAACAUUUUAUGUAAAUAUAGAGUCAAAUACAUAGAAAUAGGUACUGUAGGCAGUAAAAUAGUUAUUUUCAUCCUGUCAGGUUUAUGUUUGGAGGCGGCAGGUAUAUCAUUGUGCACACUUUUGGACAAAUAUUUCUAUUGCUAUAUAUUUAUAAAAAUUAUAUUCAAUGUAAAUAAGCACAAUCU